GUAAUCGUCUCCUCUCGUACAUUUUCUACAAUGAGCCACUGGAUUGCAACUCUUCUUGCCUUCAUCCUCAUUGCCAACGCAUUCGCAGCACUUUCCACUGGAGCAGAUGUUGGAGCUUCAGAUGACGUUAGGUCGUACGUCAUGCCAUUCUAUGGAAUGGAAAAGAAGUGGUCUCGCCGCGAACCAAGCAUCAGAUUCUUCAAAAGAAACGGUGGAGGUCAAGAUCUUCCACCUUCAAGGUUCUUGUGGGAUUACUGAUAAAAAUUGGUGUGAAUAUUUCACAAAGUUCAACUCUCUGUAUUUUUGCUCCAACUCGAUGUCAUGCACCGUCAGUCAUCCAACUCGAUCAACCGCAUUCUUAGUGAAACAAUUCCCUCCAAUUUUCGACCUGCUAAUUCCGUGUUUUCCAUAUUCCAAAGAGGCGAAACAAAAUAUUUGUCCACCAGUUUUUCGUCCCAAAUCUGUCUCAUUGUCCCAUUUUCCAGACGUUGCUUUAUUUGUGUGUGUUUAAAUGAAUGAAGAGUCCUCCUUGU